AAAAGCAAGCUCUGUCUUCCUUUCUUUCUUAAAUUUUGUGCCUAAGUAAAACAACCUCAUCUUAAUUGAAGUUGAGGAAGGAUAUGUUAAGCAUUGUACUCCCAAUCGGCAAUUCUAUUUGCUGGAAAGAAAUACUAACGCGAAAACUCAACUAGUUUUACUACGCAACACUUCGCCUCCGUUUCGCUCGCGUUUACCUUUCUCUUUUGUAUUCUCUGCAAAUUCUGCGUCCGCCUACCGUGUUCUCAAACUCCACCCUAUUUCUCUCUCCUCUUUUACCCUUUUCCGAUUUUUAUUAGUUUCCUACCUCUCUUCGAAUGUACUUGUCAAACAACAUCUUUUCUCCCCUUUAGUUAUUUAUGAAAUUGUGUGGGAUACAUUGAUGUCAAAAAUUCACCUCUUCUUCGUUCUUUUAUAGUCUUAGGCUUUAUGGUUUAAUUUGGUGAAUUAUUUGGGAUUAAUUUAUAAUGAAAACAUCCGGCAAAUUCUUCACGAUAGCGCUGGUAGCAGCAUGGUAUUCAUCAAACAUUGGGGUUUUAUUACUGAACAAGUAUUUGCUAAGCAAUUAUGGUUUCAAAUACCCAAUUUUCCUCACAAUGUGUCAUAUGACUGCUUGCUCUUUAUUCAGCUACAUAGCCAUUGCUUGGAUGAAAAUUGUUCCAAUGCAAACUAUGAGAUCUAGGGUUCAGUUUAUGAAGAUCUCUGCUUUGAGCCUCGUCUUCUGUGGCUCUGUGGUUAGUGGCAACAUUUCACUUAGGUACUUGCCUGUUUCAUUCAAUCAGGCUAUUGGUGCUACUACGCCUUUUUUUACUGCUGUUUUUGCCUAUUUGAUGACAAUGAGGAGGGAAUCCUGGUUGACUUAUGCUACUCUCCUUCCUGUUGUCGCCGGCGUUAUCAUUGCCAGUGGGGGUGAGCCAAGUUUUCACUUAUUUGGUUUCAUCAUGUGUAUUGGUGCAACAGCUGCUAGGGCACUCAAAUCUGUGCUUCAAGGGAUUUUGCUGUCAUCGGAAGGGGAGAAGCUGAAUUCCAUGAACCUUCUACUCUACAUGGCUCCUAUAGCAGUUGUACUUCUAUUACCCGUGACAGUAAUGAUGGAAGAAAAUGUAGUUGGUAUCACUUUGGCACUUGCAAGAGAUGAUAUUACAAUCGUCUGGUUGUUGCUAUUCAAUUCAGCCCUUGCAUAUUUUGUAAACUUGACCAACUUUCUCGUCACUAAACACACUAGUGCUCUGACACUUCAGGUCCUGGGAAAUGCAAAAGGAGCUGUAGCUGUUGUUGUCUCCAUCUUAAUAUUUAGAAAUCCGGUAUCAGUAACGGGGAUGCUUGGCUAUACAUUCACAGUUUUUGGGGUCAUACUGUAUAGUGAAGUAAAGAAACACAGUAAAUGAACUAUGGACCUGGAAAUUCCACUGUGACUUAUGAUUAGAAUUGAUUGUUGUUCAAGGGGAGAUUCAGCCUUCAAGAGGCAAGUCAGGUCAUGCUCUUGUUGAUGGGAUCUUGGAUUUUUCCAGGAAACGGGCUUCCAUCUGUAUCAGCCAAGAGCCGCAAUAUAUCAUAUAAUAGAAAAUCGUAACAGGCAACAUGAUUUGUCUAUCCAUUCUACCCUACAUGAGGUUAUAGAAAGAAAGGUCUUUAUUUUUGCAGGAAAUAUUGUACAAUUAAGACCGCAAUAUGUUAUACUACAGUAUUCUUACUGAUUUAUCACAUAAAAGGAACUGAAAGUUACAGAUCUGCAAAUGACUUGUACAAAUCCAGAUUUGGUUUAGCUGCA